UGUUGGAGAAACCAAUUUUUCGCCCGAAUAAUUUUUCUCCAGUUAGCUUUUAUAUUAUCCUUCCCAGCAAUUUUGACUGCAAAGCGAAUGCUAAGCUUGAACAGAUAACAUGACUCGCUUCAAGCAUCUCACCUUGAUGGUUUGCGUUAUCGUAGUGUGCAGAGGACAGCACUGCGAAAAAAUUGCAGGUGGUGAAAAAUGCGAAGAAGACGACUCUCUCGAAAAAAUUACGGAAGACGAUUUGGUCUUGGAUGACAUCCUCGUCUACACAGUGGCAACUGAAGAAACAGAUGGCUUUCAAAGAUACAAACUUUCCGCUGACGAAUUCGGCAUAAAGCCCGUAGUUCUGGGAUUCGGUAAAGAAUGGAAGGGCGGAGAUAUGUCAGGGCCAGGGGGUGCCUGGAAAAUAAACCUCCUGAAAACAGCCCUGCGAGAGCACAAAGAUCAAAACAAGAUCGCCCUGUUCACAGAUGCGUACGAUGUUAUAUUCUUGAGGAAACCCGAAGACAUCGUGAGGAAAUUCAAGGAAACAGGGGCAAAAGUACUUUUCUCAGCAGAGGUGUUCCUUUGGCCCGACCUCAAGUUGAAGGAUAAAUAUCCGGUUGUCGAGGAAGGAAAGAGAUUUUUGAAUUCCGGAAUGUACAUCGGUUACGUCGAUCAACUUCUGGAGCUUUUGGACCGGGAGGAAGUCAAAGAUACGGACGACGAUCAGCUGUUUUUCACCAAGGCUUAUCUCGACGAGGAAUUCAGGAAGAAGAUCGAGAUGAAGCUGGACCAUAAGAGUGAAAUCUUCAUGAACUUAAAUGGAGCUGAAAAUGAAGUCGAAAUAGUCGAGACAGAAUCGAAGGAGCAUCACAAGUACAAGCUGAAGAAUCUAAUAACCCAUACGGAACCCAUGAUUGUCCAUGGAAACGGACCCUCCAAAAGCACUGCACUGAAUUACAUCGGAAAUUACCUGCCAAACGGCUGGAAUCCCAAUGACGGCUGCGUCAGUUGCAAAGUUGGCCAGUUCGACCUAUCCUCCAAGGAGGAGGACCUGCCUUAUGUCCUGCUGGCCCUGUUCAUCGAGUAUCCUACUCCCUUCUUGGAGGAGCAGCUACUGAAAGCGGCCAGUUUGGAAUACCCGAAAUCGAGGAUGCAUCUAUUCAUACACAAUGCGGCGAAAUACCAUACUGACCACGUCGACACGUUCCUAGAAGCAUAUGGUACACAGUAUAAGAGCGUAAAGAAGAUAAUACCUGACGAUGCAACCACAGAAUGGGCUGCCAGAGAUCUGGCAAUGGAUCAAUGUUUGGCUAAGGAAUGCGAUUUCCUCUUCGUGGUGGAUUCCAUCGCACAUUUGGACAACCCGCACACCCUGAAGCUGUUGAUCGCUCAGAACAGAACUGUUUUGGCCCCUAUUAUGGUCAGGCACAAUAAGGUUUGGAGCAAUUUCUGGGGGGAGCUGACCAAAGACGGGUUCUAUGCCAGAUCUAACGAUUACAUGGAUAUCGUCCAAAAUGACAAGAGAGGACUAUGGGUAGUACCUUUCAUAAACAGUGUUUACCUUAUAAAUGCGAAAUUGCUGAAAAGGUUCGACAGAAAAACACUGAAAUAUUCGAAAGACAAACUGGACGCCGACAUGGCUUUUUGCGCCAACCUGAGGGAUCUUGGAGUUUUCAUGUUCGCCUCUAACAGGCUGGAUUUUGGUCAUUUGGUCAAUCCCGAAACCUUCGAUACUACCAGAACCGAGCCCGAUAUGUACCAAAUCAUGGACAACCAAAGAGACUGGGAGAGUAGAUACAUCCAUCCUGACUACCCUGAGAACCUUAACCCAGAGAAGAAACCGUUACAACCUUGUCCAGACGUCUACUGGUUCCCAGUGGUGACCAGAAGGUUCUGCAAGAGCUUGAUCAACAUGAUGGAAACUUUCGGUAAAUGGUCGGCGGGCAAGAAUGAAGACAACCGUCUAGAAGGGGGCUACGAAGCUGUGCCCACAAGGGACAUCCACAUGAACCAAGUGGGCUGGGAUCGCCAUUGGCUCUUCUUCUUGCAACAAUAUGUACGACCGUUACAAGAACACGUCUUCAUAGGUUACACCCACGAUCCACCUAGGUCCUUGAUGAACUUCGUGGUGAGGUACAAACCCGAUGAGCAGCCUUCUUUGAGGCCACAUCACGACAGUUCGACUUAUACCAUUAAUUUAGCUUUGAAUGAGGCUGAUGUCGAUUACGAAGGAGGUGGCUGUAGGUUUAUAAGGUAUAAUUGCAGCGUGACCAAAACGAAACCUGGAUGGCUUUUGAUGCAUCCUGGAAGACUGACGCAUUACCAUGAGGGUCUUCUUGUGACGAAGGGUAUAAGAUACAUUAUGAUUUCUUUCGUUGACCCAUAGAUUGAAUGAAGAACUGAUAAUUUUUAAAGAAAAUUUAGAGAUCAAAUCGAAUGUGGCUAACCUGGAGGCAGCAAGUUUGAGAUCCUAUCAGA